GCGAGCGCGAGACCAAUUUUGAGCAUGUUCGCUCAAAUCCGCUAAGCGUGAACCCACAAGCCCUGACUACGCUUAUUUACACCCUAUGAAAGCAAUUGCACCUAUAAGCGCAGGCUCGCAGGCCUCGGCGAGCAGUGUCAUUUCCUACUACAUACUGGAAUAGCCCGGCUGGCGGCACCGCCGCACAGCCCAACGGUCCCACACCUACCAUGGGGCACAAAUGAGUCGGGUUUGGUCGAAGGAAUGUGGUGCCAGAUCACAGGUGGCAGCGGUUGCAGACCAGGGAGGCUGGCAUCACAUGUCGAUGACUGUCUGCAUCCGCCGGAGCCUCGCGGCCCUCGGGCUCUGGCCCUUGUUGGCGGGGCGCGCGGCGGCUGGCGUGGGCACAACAAGAGCUGGUGAUGCAGGCGCGGCGGCUGGCCUGGGCGUGGGGAGUGCGGCAGGGGCCGGUGUUCGGCCAACGGUCUUCCUACGAUCUCCGCUCCCAGACGCGGCCCUGCCAUCCCGCUUUGACAAGCCUAGUCGCUCGCUGAAGGUAGAUCACGCGGAGCCCGUAGACUGCAAGACCUGGGAGCAUGUGGCGCCGCAAGAACGUAUUCCCGCGCUCUUCGGCCGCUUGGCGGCCGCAUGUGGCAGCCACGCCACUGCUAGCGGCUUCCAAGCUAUGGGCGGGGCCGGCCAUGGCACAAGCAGCACGGAGGGCGGCGGCGGCGGCGGCGGCGGCGGCGACAGCAGCAGCAGCAGCAACAGUGGGGGUGGCGGCAGUAGCUUCGACGCUGAGGUGCUCACGCUCAUCAUGCAUGCGGAUGACAUCUUCUGCAGCGCUGACGGCGAGCCUAUUCGGGUGCUGCUUCAGCAGCAAGGGCCGCCUGAAGUGCUCAUCAAUGAAGCUGUCGCCUGCUUCGGCACGCGCCCGCUGCUCAAGGUGCUGACCAUCCUGGUCAACGGCCUGUUGGAGCGGUUGCGUGGCGGCGCCCGUGCCGACCGCACUGCAGCGGCGGCAGCAGUGGGCAGUGGGGCAGCGGCGAAGCCGGCGCCCGCCGGCAUAACGCCUGGGGUGGAGCCGGCGGCUGGUAGUGAUGCUGCGGCCGUGCCAGCUGCCAGGACUGGCCGCGUGAGCAGUGUUUAUUGGGGUGCUGAGAUGAGCCUUGACAAGAUCCGCGAGGUGGCCAGCAGCCAGGAGGGUCUUGAGUGGCUUGUGCAGGGAGGGGGCAGCUCGCUGCGCCCAGACAUGCCGCUCAUUGUAGUCAUCUCGGAUGACGACGCGACCUGGCAGCAGUGCCGCAGCUUUGUGGAGAUGAAGGCGCCAGCACUGAUGCUGGAGGGCAGAACGCCGCGCUCGCUGGUGGACCUGUGGCGGAGCGGCGACAAACGUGUUCGCGCCAUAUUGGCACAGGUCAAUGAGUACAUGGACCACCUGGGAGUGAGGUACGCUAUUGUCAGCUGCCACUACGCCAUGUGGGCGGUGCGCCGCACGUGCUCGCCACCGCCGCCGCAGGUCCUGCUGGAGAACCAGCCCGAACCCCAACCCCGGCAGCAGCAGCAGCAGCAGCAGGCGCCAUCGGUGGGUCCUGCAGCCGCCGCAGUAGUCCGUGCCCGCAGUACUGGCGUGACAACCCGAAGUGCAUCCGCCGCUGCUGCACGUGCGCUGGCUGCUGGCGCAGGCGGCGGUGGCUGUAGCGGCAGCGGUCCUGAUGGCAUGGGUGGUGUCGGCGGCGGUGGCAGCGUGGCAGGUACCGGCAGCAGCAGCCGCAAGCGCGGCCGCGCGCGCGACGGGCUGCUGCACCUGGCAGGGCCCUUUCUGGCGCCAACGGAGCACACGGACCAACAGCCGGCAGUCACAGCCGCCGCCGCCACCCUGUACACCAUGCUGCUCAGCCUGCCGGAGGUGCCCGACCCACCUGCAGCAGGGCUUGCGCGGCGGCGGUCGCGGUCAGCGCCGCCCGGGCAGCCGGACGCAGGGCCCAGCCGCAGCAGUGGUGGCGGUGACGGCGGUGGUGCAGUUGGUCGCGGCGGGCAGCCCGGGGGCGCUGCUGCCGGUCACUGGCGGCGGCGCGCAUGUUGCCUCCGCCAGCCGCCGCCGCUGCCGCCGCUCCUCAUUGAGGCCGACCCCGAGGUCCUGCACGUGGGCUACGCGGGCCUUGCCUGCACCGGCCGCGUCAACGGCGAGGAGGCGGUGCUUAAGAUCCUGGACUCGGACGAGCACGGCGUCGCGGCCUUCGAGGCGGAGUGCAGUGCCUACCGGGCGCUGGCCGCGCUGCAGGGUGACGUGCUGCCGCGGCUGCUGGCCGCUGGCCGCCUGGGUGACCUGGCGCCGCCGCCACCGCCGUCUGGGGAGGAGGAGGAGGAGGAGGAGGAGGAGUGGGAGCCGCCGCCGGACGGCGACGUGCGCUUCAUCGCCACCAGCCGGGUGCGGGGCUUGACGCUGCGUCAGGCGGCGGAGCAGUGGGGCUACAUCCAGCCGACGGCGGCGGCAGCGGCGGUGCACGCGCUUAAGGUACUGCACGCGGCGGACAUUCGCGCUGGUGGCGGCGGCAGUGGCGGGCGCUUCCUGCACGGCGACAUCCGGCUCAGCAACUUCAUGCUCCUGCUCCCGGCUGCGGAGGCGGCGGUGGGGCCGCGCGGCGUGAUCAUUGACUUGGGGCUGUCGCGCCUGGACGGGACGGAGGCGGAGCAGCAGGCGGAGGUGCGGCAGCUGGAGCAGCGACUCCAGUGCGGCAGUGGCUGAGGAAGAGCGAGGGAUAAGUGAUGAGUGCGAGGAGGUGAGGGUGGCUGGCUUCAGCCGUGGCCGAGGGAGCAGGCGGGAGGAACGGCAGGGUGGUGGGCCUGCUGGGCGGGUUCUGGGCAGGACGUGCAGUUCGGAGGUUACGAAUGGGAUGCGCGCUGGGCCACGGUUGCGACUGGCGUGGACAUGCGGCCGCACUAUUGUGCGGUGCGGUAAGAAAAUGAAUGACUGAUUGCGGGCCUGGAUGUGCCAAGGCAAGGGGCAUCAUGUAGCGCAGCAACAUGUGGCUAACGAUAAGGGAAACGCUUGAGAUAAGGGAAACGCUUGAGAUUCUUGCAUGGACCGUGUGCUCAGAAUAAUGCAUGUGUACGAACCGGCGGUGCCUCUGUAUGUCCUGAUACAUUCAUGUUAGGGGCUACCCUGCUUACUAGAAUGGAUGCAAGCUAAAGGCUUGAAUGACUGUCACACGUAACGGGUCCUCUGACAAUGACGGGCUCGGCAUUUGGCAGAGCCCGCUCCUACCUACAUGCGCUGAAUAAGAAGGGUUCAGGUGCGCUCGAAGCAACUGUGCAGGAUGAGCGCUCACUGCCAUUCUAGUGUAGAUGAGGGUUACCGAUGACGGGCAUUCCGUGGAUGGUAUGGAGGCAAGUGUCAACAUCAUCGAGGGCGCAAGACCGAGAACCCUAACUAGCGUACGGAGGGCGGGGAGCUAGUGGCGUAUGUGCUGCGGAUGGGCGCCUGUUGGCGACGAUGUUGGAGGAUGGCACCAAAGGAAACGCAUAACAACCACCAAGGUAGCUUGUGGCGUGGCUGUGCCUUGCCGUGGACCGUCUGACUGCUGAUCCGCAGCAGCAGAGCUCCAUGACUUCAUGGCUGUAUGCUUUGUCACAACUGGUCGGUGCUAAGCAACCUGAUGUCCUGCUGUGCAUGCCUGUGAUUGGCUGGCUGCCGGGGUAAGCCGCAGCAGGGCAAACUAUCACGGCAAGCUCGCGAAAGGAUCUGUGCCGUGGGUGUACCAUAUGCCCCUGCGGGGUAAGCCGGCGCAGCGCAGUGGAGCCCUGUCAUUUGCUAUGGCGUCAGGUACCCGUGUAUAUGACGAGUGCGAGAAACGUUACUUGGUCGAUGUCUGGCGCAAGGUGCUUGGGUCAGGCCCCAGACGGCAUCUGCCCGUUCCGCUUAUACGGCCGCCGUCAGCCCGCGCUGCUGCGCAGCGGAUUGCCGCGGCCAUGGUGCUCCUGCCGGAGGACUGGGCGGCGGCGGCGCGGGAGGUGCAAGCGCCGCGCCGUGACGCGGUCUGCGGCGCCGGCCUAUGUUGAAGCCGUGCGUGUGGUGGCCCGGGGUUGGUUGCCUGCUAUUCGUUUUUUAAGCUCCCCAGGAAGCGUCCCGGAGGGGGGGCGAAGCCCCCCAGGAUCACCCCUGUCCGUGCGUGCGUGCGUGCAUGCGUUCGCAAAAAGUAUCAUACUGGGUUAGCACGGACUGUGCACCCAACCCAACCGGCCAAGUCCGAGCAUUGCGGGGAUGCCAAAGGCCCCCAACAUAGAUGCGUGUGCUUAGUAGGCGCCGCGUCAGGCGUCUGGUGCCCACAGCCUGGUGCUGUGGGCCCCAGGAGGGGAGGGCUCAGCCCUUUUCCUGCCCUAAAAGGCAGACACCUUGUUUAAGCUCUUAAUAGG